AUGGCACCUUCAGCUACGUUGGUCGAAACGCCUACACUGGUCAAAAGCGCCCUCCCGAGCGUGGUAAAAACCAAGGACGACUGGCGUGCAGACCUUGAGAAAAAUGGCUUCGCCGUAGUCAAGGGAGCGAUACCCCGCGACCGCGCCAUUAGUUACCAAGAAAAGGCUUAUGCCUGGCUCAAGUCAUUCGGAACAGACCUCGAUUUCAAUAACCCAGCCACAUGGAUUACGGCCAAUCUUCCUGUACAGAGUAAGAUUAACACAUUCCACUCUUAUGGAGUGGCCCAUGAGAAAUUCAUGUGGGAUGCCCGUCUAGAGUCCGGUGUCAUCGAGGCUUUUGCCAAGAUUUGGGGAACUGAGGAGCUGCUGGUCAGCUUUGACAGCCUUAACAUCACCUUGCCAAACCGAAAAGAUGUUCCUCGCAAAGGAGCCUGGGAUCACAUUGAUCAGAGCCCGUUGAGGCGAGGACUUCACUGCGUUCAGGGCAUUAUCAAUCUUUCGCCGGCAGGGCCCGAAGAUGGUGGUCUUGUGGUGUACCCUGGAAGCCAUAGGCUUAAUGACGAGUUCUUUGAUACCCAAACCGAUAAGAGCACAUGGACAAAGCUGGACCGAUACAUGUUCGAUGCGGGGCAGCUAAGUUGGUUCAAGGCCAAGGGCAUAGAACCACACAAAGUGUGCGCUAAUGUCGGAGACCUGAUUUUGUGGGAUAGCAGGACGAUUCACUACGGCUCGGAGCCUGAGGAGGAGAGCAACCAGAUCCGAACGGUCAUCUAUGCUUCCUACACACCAGCAAAACUUGCAAGCUCCGAACAAUUGGAGCUAAAGAAACAGGUUUUCAAGGCGUAUGGCGGCACUACACACUGGCCUCACGACAAUAUCAUCGCACGUGCCACUGAAACUUAUCUGCCAGACGGCACACGGGACCCCCGCGAUAGAGACCAGCCCCUCGAGCUCCCGGAGAUGAGCGACCGCCUACUGCAGCUAGCGGGGAUGAAGGCAUACUAG